UUCAUUUCCCUCCGGUCAAAAUUGAUCACGGUCCAAAGCAAAUCAAAAGCAAUGUUCAACUGCCGUCAAUGGGGGUUACAAGCAAAGCUAUAUAUGAGUUAGUAAUCAGCAGCAAUGGCAGUAACUUACCAAUUAGCUCAAACAUGGGUCUGCUUAUUUUUUUGUUGAACUGGAAAAAUUUAAUUUUUCUCACCUUAAAAUUGAAUCGGUCUAAUUUUGUGCUUUCAAGACUUUGGUGGGUCGUCAGUGUUGUGUCGUCAGUGGCUUGGUGUAUGAUGUCAAUUCUUAUGAUUUUGUCUCGUUGGCAUCAUCGACCUGUUAUUGUAAGUUUCGACGAUAAAACUACACCGAUAGCCACAAUUCCCUUUCCCGCAGUAACAGUGUGUACAACUCAAAAAUUUACACACGAUAAAGUCGAUACGAAAUUCUAUAACGAUCUCCUGAGUGAAAUUACAACCAACAAAACUGUUUUCGAACAUUUAUCGCCAGAAACCGUAAAUCGUUUUGAUGCAGUACAGCAUGUAUGCAAUAAAGACCUAAAAAAUUUAAUAGAUGGUCUUGUCGUUCCUAUAACCGAAUCGGUUUAUAAUACGAUUGAAGAAAUUGAGCCCGGCCGUAGUUCAAUCAUCCAAUUUUCUACGUUCAUCGGCCAAUUGACGUUCUUUAAGAAAAUUUUUACGGGAGAAGGUGUUUGCUACACAUUCAACUCGCUGGACUCUCGAGAAAUUUUCACGAAUGACGUCACUCCCGAAUUAAUAACUGUGAAUGAAAUAAACAGCGGUUGGAACAUUGAAAGUGGCUACGAUUCAAAUGUUGAUGAGUCCAAAGUAUAUCCGAAGCGGGUGUUUGGUUCUGGAAUGCGUUAUAUGCUUGCGUUUAUUCUCGGCAUUUCCAUUGAUGAUCCAAAUCAAUAUUGUAAUGAUUUUUCGCAUGGAUUUCGAAUUUCAUUACAUACGCCCGAUGAAUUUCCCCGGCUUCCUGACGAGUUUAUUUUUAUUCCAGUUGAUCAAGACAUAUACAUAUCAGUGAAACCGAAUGUUAUCACCACAUCGAAAGGGUUGCGCAACUAUUCACCAAAAGAUCGAGGAUGUUAUUUUAAAUCUGAACGAAAAUUACGUUUUUUCAAUGCGUAUGGUCAACAAAAUUGCGAUAUUGAAUGUGCAGCGAAUUUUACGCUAGCUUCGUGUGGUUGCGUAAAAUUUUCAAUGCCAAGAAUCAACACAACUAAGGUCUGCACCAUUGCUGACAAUCCAUGCUAUUUUAAUGCGGACGAUGAAUUCUCCAAGAACCUUAUUGUUAAAAAAUGCAACUGUUUGCCAGAUUGUACAUCGAUCACAUACGAUACAGAGAUUUCUCAAGCUCAAAAUCUGCAUUCGGCCGAAGAAAUCGCUUUAAAAGCUGCCCUCAAUGAAUCAACGAACAAUUACAACAGCAGGGUGCUAAUAAGUUUCAAAGAAAACGAUUUUAUCUCAAUCAAUCGAAAGGAAGCGUAUACAUUGGCUGAUUUCGUUGCAAGUUGUGGAGGUCUACUGGGUUUGUUCUUGGGUGUUUCACUGCUGAGCAUCGUGGAAUUCAUUUACUAUUUCACCCUGCGAUUGUGCUGUAGAAUCAGUCAACACAAACCUGUUAAGGUCAAGGCGUCAACGUGGAAAAAACGUAGCAAUUUAGAACUAUUGAAAAAUCAACUCGAACGACGGCGAUUUUAUUAGAAAAAUCGAUUGAAUCACAUGCAAAUGAAUUGAUGUGAUGGAGGCUAUCGUGUACUUGUUCAAUUUGGCUCAUUCAUUUUUUUAUUAUGAUUAUAUAAUGACACGACUAGCAUGUAUUGUGUGUCUUUCACGCUUUGUAUUUGAA